AUGUCACAAUUAACUAAAAGAAAAGAAUCAGGUUCAGAAUUCAAUUAUAAAUUUCUUUGGAAAACUGAAUCUACUCCAAACAUUUCUGACAAAACGCAAUCAGCUGACAGUGAUGAUAAUGUAGCACAAAAAUCUGGCAGUGAUGGUGAUACAGCUCAACAAUCUGAUAUUGGAGGUGAUACAGCUCAACAAUCUGACGUUGAUGAUGAUACAGCUCAACAAUCUGACAUUGAUGAUGAUACAGCUCGACAAUCUGACAUUGACGGUGAUACAGCUCAACAAUCUGACAUUGAUGAUGAUACAGCUCGACAAUCUGACAUUGACGGUGAUACAGCUCAACAAUCUGACGUUGAUGAUGAUACAACUUAA